AUGGCCAAAGACUUGAAUCUCAAAAAGUCAUGGAACCCUGCUUUGGUCAAGAACCAACAAAAAGUAUGGGAGUUGGAGCAGAAGAAGUUGAAGGACUACAAGGAUUAUAAGGAAAAGAAACAUGAACAUAAGCAAGAACAGGAAUACUUGCAACUUUUGAAACUUCAGUAUGGUGAAAAUUUCACUAUUGAUCAGCUAUCACACAAGGAGAAAUUAAAGGUAUCCAAGUUGAGCUGGAUGUAUGAGGAUGUUCCGUUUGAAAACCUUCAAGAAACUACAAAUUCAAGUGGUUUUAUUGAAAGUAAUUUGGAAUUUACCGAGGGUAAAACUCAAGUGGAAAACAUGUUACAAGGCAAAACCCAAGUGGGGAACCUGCUGCAGGGCAAACUGAGACACCUGGGUUCAAUGAAUGAACGUAUUCACAAGAUUAUUGGAGUUGGCAAGAGUAAAAGCAAUCACAACCCACUGUCGUCAUACAUGAGUGAUGACCCAUUAGUGAAAAUGAAACAGGAUUUAGAUAAUCAACGACGUAAAAGAAACGGUGUAACAAAACCUUCUAGUUCACGUCGACACCAUCGACACCAUCAACACUAUCGAGCAGAGCGAGAUAGUGGAGCACACUAG